AUGGAAGAGGGCCCGAUCCCCACCACAGACUUCCAUCUUCAGGGAGGGAAACCCGGAUGUCAGACUGAAGCCCUCACCGUGAAGGGAGGAGAGAAAGGAGCUUCACAACCCUCAUGGCUUGAGCUGAUCAACGGAGACACCUACAAGAUCAUCUUUGAUCUUCCUGAGGACAUAAACCGUGACAUUAAGGAGGAUUCUGAAGCCUUAGUGGUUUAUGCAAAAAACAGGUGGAACUGCCAUGUGCCAGGGACUGCUCCUCAUGCGUACAACAGCCAUGCAAACGGGGGAAGUGGUGACCCUUCUAAUAAGAAGGUUUCUUGCUUUGGCUUUGUAAUGUCAUACGAAGAAGAUACCGGCCAGUUUGUUCCAACUCAAGAAGACACAAGAGCCUCCAGUCAGUACCUUGGGGAGCUCCCUAAUGACUACGUUGGCAUGAUUGUUGGCCGAGCUGAGUACAUCAGUCCGUUAGAGCACUCGCAAAGCAACAGUGUGGCCUUGGCGAGUAUUGUUCAAGCACCUUGCACAGUGAAGUGGUCCAACUCCUACCAGAUCAAACCCGCAGAGGAGGGCGGGAAGUGUCUGUACUUCGUGGCGGCGUCUGCAGGAGACAUUUUUGUUGUUUUCUCCGCCAUCCCGAGGGACAAGACCACCUGGUACCAUCUCCAGAUCAGCUAUCAGGGUGUCGUACUCUACAAGGGUAUGAAGCUGGUUAAAUACGAGGGAGCCAAAAGCGCCAGAAGUCUCGGAGAUUCUAAACUGUUUCAGCCAUACUUUAUUUGUAUGGAAGAAGACAUGGAGAACAGACGUACGUACAUCAAAUAUGGCAUCGGCUCGGACACUUCAGAAAAGGGCUUGGUCUACAUGGUCUACAUCGACAACAGUAAACCAUUGGGCAUUCAGUUCUACUCCUUUGGCAGCGGGGAGAAAGACGUAGAGAUCAUGGACGCCAGGAUCAUCGAAGGAGGGGCAACAGGAGAAAUGGAAUGUACAGGGGGAACUAUCUUGGUGGACGGCAUGUGUGUGGAAGACUGUCACCCCGAGUGUGAUGGGUGCAUCCCACAGGCCCCUGGAUCGAAGCUGGACACCGAAUGCCGUCUGUGUAAAAACUUUGCCAUUCACCAUGAGGAUGGAUCUACCCAAUGCGUCGCGGAAUGCCCAACCUAUUAUCACAUUGCUCCCGAUGGCGAUGGCGCGACCUGCACACAGUUGCCAACCAAGGUUAGGGCCGACGGGAAAUGUGGCCCCGGGUACCCAGCACCGCUAGCCAACCCAGGGCAGUGUAACGGAACGGGACCGGCUCCCUGUUGUUCAGCAGACGGAUUGUGUGGAUCGACGGAACAGCACUGCGACUGCUCAACCUGUGUUGACUAUCGGCCCAAAUGGAGGGAUGACGGUAGAUGUGGUGCCGACUUCAGGGCAUUAGGAGCGAACCCCGGACAGUGUGACCCACACGGAGAGAAGCCCUGCUGUUCCGUCGGCGGUUAUUGUGGGGGUUCUUCGACUGGACAUUGCACUUGCCACGGAUGUGUGGACUAUAGACCUUCAGGACCAAAGAAAUACCGGGAUGACAGUAGAUGUGGACGUUACUUCCCCGCACCAGGCGCGAACCCCGGACAGUGCAACCCGAAGGGAAACGAGCCUUGCUGUUCUGCUAGUGGCUUUUGUGGCAAUACAAAUGCUCACUGCACCUGCUCUGGCUGUGUGGACUAUAAACCAAAAAAAUACCGAGAUGACGGAAAAUGCGGAGAUUCCUACCCGGCACCAGGCGCGAACCCCGGACAGUGCAACCCGGAGGGAGGCAAACCCUGCUGUUCCGACCGUGGAACAUGUCGUGGUGGCAAUACUGCUGAUUUCUGCACCUGCCCUGGCUGUGUGAACUAUGGACUCAAAAAAUGGAGGACUGACUUUAAGUGUGGUCCCAAUUACCCAGCGCCAGGAGCCAACCCCGGACAGUGUGACCCGAAUUCAGGCGCACCAUGCUGUUCCGCCGGCGGUUGGUGUGGAGGUUUGCCUUCACAUUGCAGCUGUGCAGGCUGUAGGGACUACCGUACGUAUACUGGAAAGUGAUGCGAUGACCCAAGCGUCAGAGUGAGUGCAGCAG